CCAAGUUUCUCUCUCUUGCCUACGCUUUUCUUUCUGGCGUAGAUAUCUAGAGAGAGAAACGAAGAACAGAGAACUGCGUAAGGUUGGUGGCUCUGGAGAUUUUCUGAGAUUCAUCUUCGCUUCACUCGCGCAAUUUCUCUCCACUCUCUCGGUAGCGAAUCCGCGCUUUUGUUAUGCUUGCUAUGGCUGUUACAGCAACUGCUGCGCCUACAAUUCGAUAUGCACCUGAAGAUCCGACUCUUCCCAAGCCAUGGAAAGGUCUUGUUGAUGGUAGAACUGGGUAUUUGUACUUCUGGAAUCCCGAGACCAAUGUUACCCAGUAUGAGAGACCAAGUUGCUCGGCUCCUCCACCCAAGCCUUCUACUGUCUCGGUAAGCUCUUCUGUUCAGAUUCAACUAUCUUCUUCUGGACAAAACCGUGGUUACAGUCCUGGCAACGAGGAUGAUAAAUACAGUAGGGGAAGUGAUGGUGGGUCCAAGAUUGAUUCUCUAUCAAGGUUUACUGAGAGACCGCCAUACUCUCAAGAAACCUCAAGUGGACUAGGAAAUUCUGCAGGUGGAUCAUCAGCCAGAGGACCUCCAUCAGCUGCAGCGGCAGGAGGUGGGCUGUCUCCAGAGGCUUAUCGUCGAUGUCAUGAAAUAACCGUUACUGGAGAUCGAGUACCACCGCCUUUAAUGUCUUUUGAAGACGCUGGUUUUCCUCCAGAGCUUCUGCGGGAGGUAUACAAUGCAGGGUUCUCUGCUCCAACUCCAAUUCAAGCUCAGUCAUGGCCAAUUGCGUUGCAAAGUAGAGACAUAGUAGCCAUUGCUAAAACAGGCUCUGGAAAAACAUUGGGUUACUUGAUUCCAGGGUUUAUGCAUCUCAGACGCGUCCACAAUGAUUCACGAAUGGGUCCGACAGUUCUGGUGCUGUCACCAACAAGGGAGCUGGCUACACAGAUUCAAGAUGAAGCUGUAAAGUUUGGAAAGUCAUCGAGAAUUUCUUGUGCGUGUUUGUAUGGUGGAGCACCCAAGGGUCCUCAACUGAGAGAAAUAGAAAGAGGAGUAGAUGUUGUGGUUGCAACACCUGGACGAUUGAACGAUAUCCUCGAAAUGAGGAGAAUCAGCCUGCAUCAGGUCUCUUAUCUUGUGCUGGAUGAGGCAGAUAGAAUGUUAGACAUGGGAUUUGAGCCUCAGAUAAGGAAGAUAGUGAAUGAGGUUCCCACUAAACGCCAGACACUCAUGUACACAGCUACUUGGCCAAAGGAGGUGAGGAAAAUUGCAGCUGACCUCCUCGUCAACCCUGUCCAGGUCAACAUUGGCAACGUUGAUGAACUUGUGGCGAACAAGUCCAUUACACAGCAUGUUGAAGUCGUGGCACCAAUGGAAAAACAUAGAAGGCUAGAGCAGAUAUUGAGGUCUCAAGAGCCUGGUUCGAAGAUCAUAAUUUUCUGUUCAACCAAGAAGAUGUGUGAUCAACUAGCACGCAAUCUGACCCGCCAAUUUGGAGCUGCUGCUAUACAUGGGGACAAGUCCCAGAGUGAGAGGGACAGUGUUCUGAGUCAGUUCCGCACUGGUAGAGCUCCGGUGCUUGUGGCGACUGAUGUUGCUGCUCGUGGACUUGACAUUAAAGACAUCAGGGUGGUCAUCAAUUAUGAUUUUCCAACAGGAAUAGAAGAUUAUGUUCAUAGAAUCGGGAGGACUGGAAGGGCUGGAGCAACUGGUAUGGCGUUCACAUUCUUAGGGGAGCAAGAUGCAAAGCAUGCUUCAGAUCUGAUCAAGAUUCUAGAAGGAGCAAGCCAAAAAGUCCCUCCCCAGAUACGUGAAAUGGCUUCUCGCGGUGGUGGAAUGAACAAAUUCAGGCGUUGGGGCCCUGGGUCGGGAGGUCGGGAUGGAGGUCGUGGCAGGGGCCAUGGUGAUUUCGGCUACGGAGGCCGUGCUGAUUCUGGUUAUGGUGGCAGAGGUAGCUGGGGUUCACGUGACAGGAGCAGAAGCCCUCCAAUGAGAAGCAGCUCGGGAUGGGGAAGGGAUCGUGAAAGGAGCCGUAGCCCCGAGAGAUUUGGAAGAGGACCAUCAUCUUCCACCGCUCGUUCCCCACCCCGUAGCUUCCACGAGGCAAUGAUGACACGUGGCAGGCUCUCUCCCCCUCGUGAUUGAUGAAUGAUGAAUGAUUUCUUACCCCCCGAAGACAUUUUUGGUGCCCCCGGCCGAAAUCGAAACUGUGAUAUAUAUAUAUAUAUAUAUAUAUAUAUAUAUAUAUGCUUUCAACUGGACAACAAAGCCCAACUUCAGUUUUGGUUCUUUUUACCCCUGAAGGCCGAGGAGGGCGAAACCCAGAAAAAAAAAAGACGGGUAUUAUGUGAUAUUGAUGUGUGUAAGGGGGCAAAAGACCUUUGUUGGGUGUAAUGAUGUUAAAAUAUAACGGCGACAACAUGGUUUUGUUUA